UCUGUACACUGUACCUGCAAUAUUCCCGCAUUUUCUCAGUUAAACGUCAAUCGACGUUUUCUUUUUUUAAUUAAUUAUUCAUCUAAUUUUUGUACCUGGUUUCAGAGACAAUGCUCCGAUCAGCUCUGCUGGUUCGCUGCGCUGCAGCUAGGCAGGGUCUAAUGCUCAGCAAGGGUCAGCUUAAAAACUUCUCGGCUACCUCAGUUGUAUCUGGAGGACAUAGUAAGGAGGAACAUCACCACCAUGGUCAGGGUUGGAGUUACAGAAACUGGGAUCCUGCUCCACCAGAGAGACACACCUAUGCUCUUAUAGUCUCUACCUUUGUUUGGUGGUGGAUAUUCCACGGAGUAUUUACCGAGCCAGAGCAUCUGUUCGGACACGAACCCUUCCCUGAUGUUACCAAAAUGACCGACGAAGAGCUUCAUAUUCCUCCUAUUCAGUAAACCACUAAUUUCAAUGUCGUCUUUUCUGUUGGUUAGACUCUCAAGUAUAUUCAUGUUCAAUUUGCAUCCUUGUAGUUAUAAAUAGUCGAGAAAUAAAUAUUAUAAAAAAAGUUUAGGUUUUUAUUUCAGAAUAAAAUGGAUUCAACCUUCUAUCCUGAUACAGAACUACAGGAAAUAAAUUUUGUAUCCGACAACAGUCAACUUCUAUCCGUACUGCAAACAAUCUUUAAACAACAAAUAGAAAACCAUAGUAAUAAAGAUGUCAGAUUACAUGCUGGGGGAAAAAUUACCAAAUUGCACAGUUGGAUUUUCUCAUUGUGGUCACCUUUAUUCAGGAGCCUGGUUACUCUGACAGAUCCGUACCUAGCUAAACCAUAUGUAGAUAUUUUACUCCCUGAGUUUACUCACCAAGAAACAUUACUCUUUUCACAGUUCUUGUACUCAGGAGAACUCAGAUUAAAGCAAAGACAGCUGGGCAGGAUGAAGGCAUUAUUGAAACUUUUCAGAAUAAGUCUAGUGCUUGAGGUGUACACUGAACACAAGGCGGAGACGGCGGAUAAUACUGUAUCCGCAGAGAAGGCGGAGGGUUCAACAGACCUUGAGGAUCUGGAGACAGUGACAACCUCAGAGGUGGUUCUUUGGGAACUUAACUCACAAUCUACUCGUAAAUCAUUUCUAUGUGAACAAUGUGAUAAAGUGUUUCGAAAUUCCAAAGGUUUAAACAAUCACAAUCAAAUUCAUCAUUUUGGCAACAGUAAGCACCAGUGUGAUGUGUGCAGCAAAGUGUUUUCAAGAAAGGAGAGUUUAAUGAAUCACAUGAAGAGUCAUACUGGUGACUACCAUGAAUGUUUGAGCGAAGGAUGUGGGAAAAGAUUUGUUAACGAACGAGAUCUUCUAGAUCAUGAGAAUAUUCACACAGGAGGUAAAGAAUUCUUGUGUGCAGUCUGUGGAGAAACAUUUCCCAGUAGAAAACGCAUGUUAAAUCACAAGGAGAAACAUAAGAGAAAUGAUGAGCCCUGUUCUAUCUGUGGUGUUACUCUCAAGAGUAGAGCAAGCUACCACGCCCACAUGAAGUCCCACCGUAUACAGAAAGGACACUUCUGUAAGCAGUGCAAUCGGUCCUUUAAGAGAAAUUAUGAUCUAAAGGUUCACAUGAGAAUACAUACUGGAGCUAAACCCUACUCUUGUCCUGAUUGCUGUAAACCUUUCUCCCUUUCAUCCAGUCUUUCUAAGCAUAGGAGACUCAUCCACAGUCAUAAGGAAACAGUGGUUUAUCCUUGUGCAGUGUGUGAGAAAUCGUUUCCUACACAAGAAGAUGCAGAUGCACAUAAACACUUGGAGAAUUUUAAUGCACAGACAAGUCAGGAUACGAGUAUUCAACAGGAGAUUUUAAUGCCCGGCAGAGAAGGUUCCUCUGUUCCCCUCUCCCUGCAGCAGACUAGAAUAGUUCAUCUUGGAAUACAAAACAUCACGCAACCUCUCUACGUGAAAUUUGAUUAACAAGACAAUAGACAUGAGCA